UUAAAUUAUAUUUCCAGUACAAUAGUUUUAUUAAGGUCAGGUAAGAACUGUAUAAAAGAGUAUUCAUUUCACCAGACACCAGCAAUGGAGGCAGGCAGGUGAGUCCAGUGGCAGUAGUGAGAGAUAGAAAGAGAGAGGAUUAAGAUUUGGGAAUCUGCUUUAUUUACGGGCUCUCAAUCACUUCUUUUUUGCCGAAAAAUCCAAAAACAUUUGUUAACUUUCCUUUUUCUCUCUCUCUGCUACAAUUAACACUAAUUUAAGUAAAAGAAAAAAGAAAUUUCAGUUUAAAUAUUCCUUUUGUAGAAGAAACAAUCGGCAAUAUCUGACCUCGGAUUUAUAGGCUUCUGUGUCUCCAUCGUCAGGAAUCGAAUCAUCCAUUAUCGUAUCAAUCAACAACCCCCAGGUUUCUAAUUUCUCUCUUUCUGCUUUUAUCUUUUGUCUUACGCCAUCGUUUGGUAGCUCCUUCCUUCCGUUAUUGAACUUUUUGUUUUGAUCAAGAUUGGUUCUAGAUUAUUCGAUCUUUGAAAAAAAAAAUGGAUUACCUGAAUUGGGUUUACUUUUUACCCUUUUGAUUGAUGAAGCUGAUGAGGGUUGUCUUUACAUUUGAUCGUGAUUCGUGAAUUUGCAACGUUUCAACCCCUUUUGUCUAUAUGUUUGGAGUUGAAAGAAAUAACCUUUCUUCCUUGAAAUUGUUUGGCCUAUCAUUCUAUCACCUGGGUUGAUUUAGCUCGAUCAUUUCAUUCCACAGAAAACCCAAUUUCUGGGAACGUAUGAAUAAAAGAAAUAAGAAUGUUAUUUUAGGUGCGUUAAGGGCACCGACAUGGUAAUUUGUGGUUGGUUGCUAGCAUGAAUGACGUUUUCUUUUUACUUUUUGGACGGCUGACUUGGUGCUUGUUCUGGAAUUUGACCGGUCAAUUCAAGUAGAAUGGUCUAUGGAUUAGUCCCUGCUUUUCUGGUGGUGGCUUCUUUAGUGUUUCUUAGUGCCACACUUCUAUCUUUGUCUUCCUCAAUUUCUGCAAUAUUAACAUUGUUGGUUUUGUUUGGUCAAUGCAAACCGGAUGUUUUUCCGUAUUUGUCUCUGGCUUUCUGGUGCCUGAUUGCUAGUGUUUCUUCAUGCAAAAUUCAAUCUUUUUUUCGAUCCUCUUGCAGGUAAUAACUUACAUUGACUGUUUGCUUUAGGUUACAUUAAGAAAGAGCUUUGGAAUUAUUACUGAUAGAGAGAGGGUGCUGGUUCGCGAAGUGGUUUGACCUCUGCGAGCUUAGGGUCCUCUCUCAUUUCCUGGGUGUAUGGCUGCUGGAAUCAAAAUUUCACAGUUUUGAUGAUCCUCAAUAUAACAGGCUUGGAGUAUAUAUAGUUGGUUGUAUUGUGGUAUCAUGGGUUCUGUUUGUUGUUGCUUCCAGGAUGAAUGUGAAGAACUUACAAACCCGAACAGCUCAUUAUAUCGGAACUGUAUAUGCCUUCGAUGUUUUCUUCAGAAUUGCUUCCGCUUGUAUACGUCUUUGAUUCACAGGGACGACCAUCUUGCCAUUGCUUCUUCGACUCAGGCAGCAACUUCCUUGAGUUCCACUGCAUCGCUUGAUAACUCUUUAUCUGACAUGUACCGGUCUCCUCCAAGGCCAUUGCCUUAUGAUGCCGAUCCAAGAUUUUUCCGCUUGCAGCGGGAUGGAUUGGUAUCAAGAAGGGAGAAGGGGUCAAGCCAUUCCCACGAAGAGACCGAACCCCUGAGAAGAAGUGAGGUUGAUGAAGAUUCAGAAUCACCCAGUACAGGAGGUAAAUGGAAUGAGUGUGCAGGUGUAGAUGAAUCAAAAGAAUAUAAUUCCAGAUCCUCAUUGAAGCUCUCUGCAGUAAAAACGACUACUGGAUUUGCACAUAUUUAUUCGUCUUCGUCUGACGAUGAAGAUGUUUGUCCAACUUGCCUUGAAGAAUAUACCACUGAAAAUCCAAAGAUAGUAACCAAAUGCUCGCACCACUUCCAUCUUGGUUGUAUAUAUGAGUGGAUGGAGCGAAGUGAUAGCUGUCCUGUUUGUGGGAAGGUGAUGGCAUUCGAUGAGACGCCUUGACAAGUGGUCAACGAGGAUGAAUGCAGCACCUAGAGGCAACAAGAAAAAAGCUCACUCGGGGAGACACAGACGUGUAAAGCCACUGUAAAUAUCACAUGCUUGAAAUCUUCUAGUCUUACAUAGUAAAUGUAAGAACCAUUGUUUGUUCAUGGGUAUGGGUUUAACCUGUCUUGUAACAUUUCAUUCUGUCCUUUUUUUUUUUAAUGUCCCUAACUGUAUUUCAAUGGGAAUACCUUCCCAGCAGCAGUUCUCUCCUUCGCAUGGGAAGGAUAUAGAUAUAAGUAGGAUUCAGAUGAAUUUGGGGAGAAGAUUAUGAUAUGGGAAAACACAUGUAGAAAGCCAAUUCGUGGCCCAAAAUAAGGCCAACGACUGAAGAAAGAAAUUUGAUUUGGUUUUUCUUCUAUUCCCACUCCAGAGUACUACCCCUAUGGCGGAAUGUUUACUGGUUCAGAAUAGUCCUCGAACGUAACUGUGAAGUAGAAGUUACUUAUAUAUUUAGGGAUGGUGAUGGGGGGUAAAGGAAAUGUACUUGUUUCCAAACAGAAAUUAAAUUCUAAUACAACUAUCGCAACUCAACGAAGAUCAGAAUGAAAAGACCCGGUUGCUUACAGUGUUUUUGUAUGGGAUAACCGCUUGCCAACACAGAAUAAGAAUUGUUACAGUGGAUGUUGUCAACACAAUACAGGUUAUAAAACACUGAUGGAUUCAUAGUUUUGUUUAACCAGCCAGGAAUCUUUCCCUUUGCUCCUUAUAGUACUCCAUCAGUUUUUCUCUGUCCGGUAGAUUUUCCUUGAUCACGGGCUCUUCCAUGAACUUUUCCAGCCAUGCAUGUAAGUGAGGUAAAUUGGUGGGCUUCACAAGUUUUAUACCCACAAUCUCUUCCAUGCAUCCAAGCCAAUGAGCAAAAAACCCGAAUGACAGGUCCACUGCGUUAAUCGAUUCGCCACCAAAAAAUUUCUUGCUCCCUAAGCCUUGCUGCUCAAUGAUUUUCAGAACUUCCAAUGACUGUUUGGCAGCCUCUUCCUUCUGUCCUUCACCAGCUCCGAGAAAUUUGUAAAAGACUCGACCCUGUUUUGUUAUGGCAAAAAGCCAAAUGUUUGAACUAUGUUUUACCACAAUAAUAUAUCAGGAGCAAUUUAUGCCAAGUCUAUUUAGGCCUAUCUGAUUUUUCAUUGGAGUUUUAAGGAGCAUAAAAUAGUGAAUUGUGGAGGAGUUACCUUUUCCAUUCCAAAGUUUAUCCAAAAUCUAGCCAUGGCUUUUGCAAAAGCAUCUUCAGGGAAGAGGGGAUAUGGCUUGGGCCAUGUUUCUUCAAUGUAUUCCUGGAUCACAGAGGACUCCGCAAGGGAUUUGCCUCCAUGAACGAGUACAGGAACCUUCUUGUGAACGGGAUUAUACUUCAGAAGUAAAUCACUCUUGUUAGAGAUAUCUUCUUCUAUGUAUUCAUACUUGAUGCCCUUGAAUUUCAGAGUCCAUAUCACUUUGUACACAGGGAAGCUUGGCCAAAAACCGAAAAGCUUCACUUCUUCAUCCAUUAUUGCCUUGUGGAACUUAUUAGGAUAAGGGUGGUUUUUGCUCCUCUUUGUUAAAAGCUAUAUACUACCUUUCUUAUUUGGUUUUUGGUUACACUUUUGGAGAAACGGGAAUCACUUGUGUCCAAAAAAAAAAAAAAGAGAGAGAAAAGUUUACAUCAUUCUCAUGUAGUGGGCCUCUUCAUUCAACAUUUUAAGGUGAUGAUGGUAAGUCUGAUUAAGACAGAGUAACCCAUCCAUUGAAGUGCAUCAUUGUUUUACACCUCGAGGCUUUUUUGGUCCAAAUUGGCAACGCGAAAGUCAAAACCAGGGCACAAAGUCACAAAAGGCACCAAGUCACUGGUAGUACGAAGAACUAGAUCGUUUUUCCGUCCCGA